GGCGGCGGGGCCGGGGGAGCUGGCGACUCCGAGGGUGAAGUGACCAGUGCGCUGAGCGCCACUUUCAGCGGCCCCAAGAUCGCCUUCUAUGUGGGUCUCAAGAGCCCCCACGAAGGCUAUGAGGUGCUGAAGUUCGACGACGUUGUCACCAACCUCGGCAAUCACUAUGACCCCACCACAGGCAAGUUCAGCUGCCAGGUGCGCGGCAUCUACUUCUUCACCUACCACAUCCUCAUGCGCGGCGGCGACGGCACCAGCAUGUGGGCGGACCUCUGCAAGAACGGGCAGGUCCGGGCCAGCGCCAUUGCACAGGACGCCGACCAGAACUACGACUACGCCAGUAACAGCGUGGUGCUGCACUUGGAUUCAGGGGACGAAGUGUAUGUGAAGCUGGAUGGCGGGAAGGCUCACGGAGGCAAUAAUAACAAGUACAGCACGUUCUCGGGCUUUCUUCUGUACCCGGAUUAGGGGCGCGGGAGGUGCGAGGUGGGGUGGCUGCAGGCCGCCCGGUCUCUGCCUGGGCGCGGCUGCUUGGCAAAGGCCACUCUCGAUUCAUGACACUUCCCGGCAUCUCCAUUGGAAAACACACAUCCUUGCCUCCUCCCUGCCCGCUCCUGGCCUCAGUGCGUCUGCGACCCACCACGCUCAGGGCUGUGCUCCUGGUCUCCAUCCCUAUCCCGGCGAGGGAGGAAGGGACACCCAGUCCUUGAGGCGGCGGCACAGACUUUGCAAACCUGAUUAGACUGGACAGGCCAGGCCGGGAGCCUGCCCUCCUCAGACCGCCUCCUCCCAGGGCCUAGAAGCGGAGGGCUCCGGGCCCUGGCCAGGGAGGUAGGCCAGAGAGAGCGCGGGCUUCCUGGGGCGUCCUUCUUUGUGACCCGAAAUACUUGUGCAGAUUUCCCUGUCUGUCAGCCAAAACCCCACCCACAGCAGAAUUCCAGCAAACAGAAAAUUCACCUCUCCACACCGCACUCCCCCCUGACUCAGACUCACCGCGAUGCAUUAAAUUAUGUUUUUAGACUAUG